UUUCGAGUUUUGCAAAAAAAAAAAAAAUCCUCAGCCCGUCUCCUUUCCAAAUUUUUCACCCGGCGUCUGCUCGCCUGCGAGACGCCGCGACCGCGAUCACCCUCUCGGGUUUCUCGGACGCGCCGCCAUCGCCACUCCGCCACUCGCGGGUUCGUUGGAUCGACGCCACCGUCACCUCGCGCCGCCCAGAGGAGGACGCCUGCUUCUCCCCCGACGCCGACGACCCCCGCCACCGUCUUCCGCGCCAACGCCGCCGUCGCCAUCACCUCGCGUCGCGCCAUACGCCCAGGUCUCCGCCGACGCUGUCACACGCCAGGAGCUCGAGUCUUCGUCGGUCCCUUUGCCAGAUCUUCAUCGUGCCCUUCACCAGCGACGAGCACCCAACAGAGAGGAGAGGAUUCGACGAAAUGGAGGCGUUGGCGUUGGCUUCUCUGUUCUGGAGACGCAGCGACAGCCAAACUCCAAAACGGAAAUGAGACAGCGCUUGGAGCUGCGUUAACAGGUAUUAGUUUCCUCUCUCCGUUUACCGUUCGCCUGCGCAGACGGCGUACCUGGCUGUUCGUCUCUACGCCGUCUCUGGCAGGUUCUCCCCCCCACUCCUCUCCGUCUCCGAUCCCGUCCGCAUUGCUUCGCGCCGGACCAAGGAGGAAGGGUCGGCGUCGCAGGCAUUGCAGUCUGCUAGCCACGAGGCCAUGGACCCGUGCCCGUUCGUGCGGGUGCUGGUCGGCAACCUGGCGCUGAAGAUGCCGGCAUCAGGGGGGAAGGAACUUGGUGCCACUGCCACUAACCGCGAGCGCAGGUCGCUGUUGCUGCGGCAGGAGAACUUGCACGUGAACAUGGGCUGCUUCAUGCUCCCCUUAACCUGGAGCAACUGCGGGCUGCACUCGGUCUCGCCGUCGAACUCGAAGACGAACCUCGGACUACUCCUGCUGUUUCUUAUUGCCAAUAAGCACAAGCACACUUGAGAACCGGCCAUCACCAUGGAGAUGAGACUCUUUAUCGCCCUUCAGUGCGUGCAGUGCGCCACCAUGCAGGUGAAGCAGCAGAAGAAGAGCAGCAACAAGUGGGUGUGUGUGGUGUGCAACCAGCGUCAGUCUGUGCUUCAUGUCCAUGCCAGGGGCUAUCGUGCUGCUGAUCUCCGCCGCUUCGUCCAGGACACCAACCUUGCCCGUGGCCGCCGGGAGUUCGCACCGUUGGCCGAGCCCGACGUGGACAGGGAUCUGGCGGCAGUUGAGGAGGGAGAUGUGUUCCCUAUCGAGAAGAGUCAGACGGAAUGGUCCGAGUAUCUGGACGAUCCAGGGGAGACAGGUAAAGGUUGUGGUGGCCUUGGCGCAGAUGCUUCAGAUGGAGAAUCGGAUGAAGGAAUUGAGGUGAUAACUGAACUGCCUCAGAAAAGACCUAAAGUUAGGCCUCGCAAAGCCCAAUCAGAUGUAGUAGGAAAGAGAACCAAGCUGUCAACACAUCCCACUUUAUGUAAUAAGAGGCAGCAGAUCAAGCAAGGAUCAAAUCCCCACUGUGCAACUACUACUGCUGAAGCACAAGGAUCAAAAUGGACCAAGUAUUUGGACACGAGCCGUUUUGGUGGGAGGAAAUGCUUCGAUACCUCUGGUCUGCACUGGACUGAACAUGAUGAAUCUGCCACUACUGAGGCUACUACUGACGUAGUGGUGGAUGAUGAGGUGCACCCUGAUUUCAUCUGAUCUCAUGUUGGUUUGAAAUGCCAAAUGCUUUGUGUUUUGGUAGUGUGUAGUUUGGUAGCCAUAAAUUGUGCUGCUGGCAAUUCACAUUGUCAAGACAAAGGAUGUGCAGUACUUGGUACCCGAGGGAAGAAGACUGUUGUUCCCAAGAUGUUAUCCAGUAUGAUGGGCAAUUCAUAGUAAAAGCACCGUGCUAGUCAAAAUCAGCCCAAGACUAUUGGGUUGUUUUAUCUCUGAUCAAAACACGAGUAUAGUCAAACUCGGUCCUCUAAUCAAAUCUGGCUACCGAAACAUUUUUUUCACGUGCCUUGUUUACGGUCGCCGGGGCAUGGAGCCAGAAACCGUAUUUCGGCGUUGCAACGUGAUCCAGGGUGGAUUUGGUGGUAGCGGAUUCCAAAUACUCCCUCUGUUUAUUUUUUAUUUAUCGCGUUUUAGUUCAAAAAUGAACUGGCUAAUGAUAAAUAUUCCAUGUGAAUCUCCAAACGGGCUACUCUCUGGUGGCAGAAUCACAGGGUGCAUCCACGGAAUGUCACAAGCUCAGUGUGAGGUGGCUGAGCACUUGAGCUGAGGAAAAUUCUUGUUUCUGUUCUGCAUCAACUAGAGUCACCUGACCAUGUGGCACAGCACAGAGAAGAGCCGAAGACGUACAGCAUGGAUCACAGGAGCAGUACACCUUGAUGACUGACUGUUGUCUGUUGGUACCUAUAAUCCUGUGACAGGUCUGAACAACCGAGUGAUUGAUUGAUGUCUCCGGCUUCCCUGCAGCCAAAAUGACGAAUGGGUUACCCUGCUUGAAUCCUUUGCCACUGCGCUUGCGUGCUACUACUAUUCCAUGCAAAACAACGUGUUCGGAACCAAAAUUAAAGUUCCGAACAUCGCUGUGAUGAAUGGGUGAAUCGUCACCUUUUUCUUUGAAAUAGCAACUGUAUGCUCGAAGAACAGCUGUGCUGGUCCAGCUAUCUGGGUACCGUACUCCCUACCCCGAUUGAACUGUAUUUGGGUCAAAGUAAUGGGGGAGAUACUCUUUCCAUGCUAGGAUAUAAGGUGUAACUACCUUUAAUUCUAAGAUCAAGAAAUAUAUUUAAUUCUCUUUAUCAA